AUGGAGUCAAACAGGAGAGCCCCGGAACAGAGCCCCGGAACAGAGCCCAGGUUCAGAGCCCAGGUUCAGAGCACCGGAACAGAUCCCCGGAACAGAACCCAGGAACAGAUCCCAGGAACAGGGCCCAGGAACAGAGCCCAGGUUCAGAGCCCAGGAACAGAUCCCAGGAACAGAGCCCAGGAACAGAGCCCGGGUUCAGAGCCCAGGUUCAGAGCCCAAGUUCAGAGACCAGGUUCAGAGCCCAGGUUCAGAGCUCAGGAAGAGAGCCCUGGAACAGAGCCCCGGAAAAUAGCCCAGGAACAGAGCCCAGGAACAGAGCCCAGGAACAGAGCCCAGGUUCAGAGCCCAGGAACAGAGCCCAGGAACAGAGACCAGGUUCAGAGCCCAAGAAUAGAGCCCUGUAACAGAGCUCAGGUACAGAGCCCCGGAAGAGAGCCCCGGGACAGAGCCAAGGAACAGAUCCCCGGAACAGAUCCCAGGAACAGAGCCCAGGUACAGAGCCCAAGAACAGAGCCCAGGAACAGAGCCCAGGUACAGAUCCCAGGAACAGAGCCCAGGAACAGAGCCCAGGUUCAGAGCCCAGGUUUAGAGCCAAAGAACACAUCCCAGGAACAGAGCCCAGGAACAGAGCCCAGGAUCAGAGCCCAGGAUCAGAGCCCAGGAACAGAGCCCCGGAACAGAGCCCAGGAAGAGAGCCCAGGUUCAGAGCCCAGGAACAGAGCCCAGGAACAGAGCCCAGAUAGAGAGCCCAAUUACAGAGCCCAGGAACAGAGCCCAGGUAGAGAGACCAGGAACAGAGCUCAGGUACAGAGCCCCGGAACAGAGCCCCGGAACAGAGCCCCGGAACAGAGCCCAGGAACAGAGCCCAGGGUCAGAGCCCAGGUUCAGAGCCCAGGUUCAGAGCCCAGGUUCAGAGCCCAGGUUCAGAGCCCAGGAACAGUCAAAGCCAAGAACAGAGCCCUCAGGAACAGGGCCCAGGAACAGAGCCCAGGGAACAGAGCCCAGGAACAGAGCCCAGGAACAGAGCCCAAGAACAGAGCCAAGGAACAGAGCCCAGGUUCAGAGCCCAGGUUCAGAGCCCAGGAACAGAGCCCCCAGCCCAGGUUCCCAGGAACAGAGCCCAGGUUCAGAGCCCAGGUUCAGAGCCCAGGAACAGAGCCCCGGAACAGAGCCCAGGAACAGAGCCCAGGUUCAGAGCCCUGGAACAGAGCCAAGGAAGAGAGCCCAGGUUCAGAGCCCAGGUUCAGAUCCCAGGAACAGAACCCAGAAACAGAGCCCUGGAACAGAGCCCCGGAAGAUAGCCCCGGAACAGAGCCCAGGUUCAGAGCCCAGGUUCAAAGCCCAGAGCCCAGUUUCAGAGGGUUCAGAGGUUCAGAUCCCAGGGUUCAGAGCCCUGGAACAGAUCCCAGGAACAGAGCCCAGGAACAGAGCCCAGAGCAGAGCCAGGAACAGAGCCCAGGUUCAGAGCCCAGGUUCCCAGAACAGAACCCAGAAACAGAGGAACAGAGCCCCGGAACAGAGCCCAGGUUCAGAGCCCAGGUUCAGAGCCCAGGAACAGAGCCCAGGAACAGAGCCCUGAACAGAGCCCAGGAACAGAGCCCAGGAACAGAAGGUUCAGAGCCCUGGAACAGAGCCAGAGCCCAGGUUCAGAGCCCAGGUUCUCCCCAGGAACAGAGCAGAAGGUUCAGAGCCCCCCAAGGGAAGAGAGCCCAGGAACAGAUCCCAGGAACAGAACCCAGAAACAGAGCCCUGGAACAGAGAGGAACAGAGCCCGGAACAGAGCCCCAGGACAGAGCCCAGGUUCAGAGCCCACAGAGCAGGUUCAAAGCCCAAGAACAGAGCCCUGAACAGAGCCCAGGUUCAGAGCCCAGGUUCAGAGCCCGGGAACAGAGCCAGAGCCCAGGUUCAGAGCCCAGGAACAGAACAGAGCCCCAGAGCCCUGGAACAGAGCCCCAGGAACAGAGCCCAGGAACAGAGCCCAGAGCCCAGGAACAGAGCAGAGCCCAGGUUCAGAGCCCUGGAACAGAGCCAAGGAAGAGAGCCCAGGUUCAGAGCCCAGGUUCAGAGCCCAGGUUCAGAGCCCAGGAACAGAGCCCCGGAACAGAGCCCAGGAACAGAUCCCAGGAACAGAGCCCAGGAACAGAGCCCAGGUUCAGAGCCCAGGUUCAGAGCCCAAGUUCAGAGCCCAGGAACCGAGCCCAGGUUCAGAGCCCAGGUUCAGAGCCCAGGUUCAGAGCCCAGGAACAGAGACCCGAACAGAGCCCCGGAAAAGAGCCCAGGAACAGAGCCCAGGAACAGAGCCCAGGUUCAGAGCCCAGGAACAGAGCCCAGGUACAGAGCCCAGGAUCAGAGCCCAGGAUCAGAGCACAGGAACAGAGCCCAGAUAGAGAGACCAGGAACAGAGCUCAGGUACAGAGCCCCGGAACAGAGCCCCGGAACAGAGCCCAGGAACAGAGCCCAGGUUCAGAGCCCAGGUUCAGAGCCCAGGUUCAGAGCCCAGGUUCAGAGCCCAGGAACAGAGCCCAGGUUCAGAGCCCAGGUUCAGAGCCUAGGUUUAGAGCCCAAGAACAGAGCCCAGGAACAGAGCCCAGGAACAGAGCCCAGGAACAGAGCCCAGGUCCAGAGCCCAGGUUCAGAGCCCAGGAACAGAGCCCCGAACAGAGCCCCGGAAAAGAGCCCAGGAACAGAGCCCAGGAACAGAGCCCAAGAACAGAGCCCCUGAACAGAGCCCAGGAACAGAGCACAGGUUCAGAGCCCUGGAACAGAGCCAAGGAAGAGAGCCCAGGUUCAGAGCCCAGGUUCAGAUCCCAGGAACAGAACCCAGAAACAGAGCCCAGGAACAGCGCCCCGGAACAGAGCCCCGGAACAGAGCCCAAGUUCAGAGCCCAGGUUCAGAGCCCAGGUUCAGAGCCCAGUUUCAGAGGCAAGGUUCAGAGCCCAGGAACCGAGCCCAGGUUCAGAGCCCAGGAACAGAGCCCAUGUUCAGAGCCCAGGUUUAGAGCCCAGGAACAAAGCCCAGGAACAGAGCCCAGGAACAGAGCCCUGAACAGAGCCCAGGUUCAGAGCCAGGUUCAGAGCCCAGGAACAGAGCCCAGGAACAGAGCCCAGGAACAGAGCCCAGGUUCAGGAACAGAGCCCCCAGGAACAGAGCCCAGGUUCAGAGCCCAGGUUCAGAGCCCAGGAACAGAGCCCAGAACAGAGCCCCGGAAAAGAACAGAGCCCAGGUUCAGAGCCCAGGUUCAGAGCCUAGGAGCAGACCCCGGAACAGAGCCCAGGAACAGAGCACAGGUUCAGAGCCCUGGAACAGAGCCAAGGAAGAGAGCCCAGGUUCAGAGCCCAGGUUCAGAUCCCAGGAACAGAACCCAGAAACAGAGCCCAGGAACAGCGCCCCGGAACAGAGCCCCGGAACAGAGCCCAAGUUCAGAGCCCAGGUUCAGAGCCCAGGUUCAGAGCCCAGUUUCAGAGGCAAGGUUCAGAGCCCAGGAACCGAGCCCAGGUUCAGAGCCCAGGUUCAGAGCCCAGGUUCAGAGCCCAGGAACAGAGGCCCGAACAGAGCCCCGGAAAAGAGCCCAGGAACAGAGCCCAGGAAGAGAACAGAGCCCCAAGAACAACAGAGCCCCUACAGAACAGAGCCAGAGCCCAGGUUCAGAGCCCAGGUUCAGAGCCCAGGUUCAGAGCCCAGGAACAGAGCCCAGGAACAGAGCCCCUGAACAGAGCCCAGGUUCAGAGCCCAGGUUCAGAGCCAGGUUCAGAGCCCAGGAACAGAUCCCCCUGAUCAGAGCCCAGGAACAGAGCCCAGGUUCAGAGCCCCGGAACAGAGCCCAGGAAGAGAGCCCAGGUUCAGAGCCCAGGAACAGAGCCCAGGAACAGAGCCCAGAAACAGAGGCAACAGAGCCCAGGAACAGAGCCCAGAGCCCACAGAGCCCAGGUUCAGAGCCCAGGUUCAGAGCCCAGGAAGCCCAGGAACAGAGCCCAGGAACAGAGCAGAGCCCCGAACAGAGCCCCCAGGAACAGAGCCCAGGAACAGAGCCCAAGAACAGAGCCCCAGAUCCAGGACAGAGCCCAGGUUCAGAGCCCAGGUUCAGAGCCCAGGUUCAGAGCCCAGGAACAGAGCCCCUGAACAGAGCCCAGGUUCAGAGCCCAGGUUCAGAGCCUGGAACAGAGCCCAGGAACAGAGCCCAGGUUCAGAGCCCUGGAACAGAGCCAAGGAAGAGAGCCCAGGUUCAGAGCCCAGGUUCAGAUCCCAGGAACAGAACCCAGAAACAGAGCCUGGAACAGGUUCAGAGCCCGGAACAGAGCCCCGGUUCAACAGAGCCAGGAACAGAGCCCCGGAACAGAGCCCAGGAACAGAGCCCAGGAACAGAGCCCAGGUUCAGAGCCCAGGUUCAGAGCCCAGGUUCAAAGCCCAGAACAGAGCCCCGGGAACAGAGCCCCAGGGAACAGAGCCCAGGAACAGAGCCCAGGAACAGAGCCCUGGAACAGAGCCAAGCCCAAGGAAGAGAGCCCAGGUUCAGAGCCCAGGAGCCCAGGAACAGAGCCCAAGAACAGAUCCCAGGAACAAACCCAGAAACAGAGCCCAGGUUGGAACAGAGCCCCCGGAACAGAACAGAGCCCAGGUUCAGAGCCCAGGUUCAGAGCCCAGAAACAGAGCCCAGGAAACAGAGCCCCGGAACAGAGCCCAGGUUCAGAGCCCAGGUUCAGAGCCCAGGUUCAGAGCCCAGUUUCAGAGGCAAGGUUCAGAGCCCAGGAACCGAGCCCAGGAACCGAGCCCAGGUUCAGAGCCCAGGUUCAGAGCCCAGGUUCAGAGGCAGGUUCAGGCAGGAACAGAGCCCAGGGAACAACAGAGAGGUUCAGAGCCCAGGAACAGAGCCCAGGAACAGAGCCCAGGAACAGAGCCCAGGAACAGAGCCCAGGAACAGAGCCAAGCAAGAAAGAGAGCCCAGGUUCAGAGCCCAGGUACAGAUCCCAGGAACAAAACCCAGAAACAGAGCCCUGGAACAGAGCCCCGGAACAGAGCCCAGGUUCAGAGCCCAAGAACAGAGCCCAGGAACAGAGCCCAGAGCAAAGGAACAGAGCCCAGAGCCCCAGGAACAGAGCCCAGGAACAGAGCCAGGUACAGAGCCCCGGAACAGAGCCCCAGGAACAGAGCCCAGGAACAGAGCCCAGGAACAGAGCCCAGGUUCAGAGCCCAGGUUCAGAGCCCAGGUUCAGAGCCCAGGAACAGAGCCCCAGAGCCAAGGAACAGAACCCCAGGAACAGAGCCCAGAGCCCAGGUUCAGGCCCAGGUUCAGAGCCCAGGUUCAGAGCCUAGGUUUAGAGCCCAAGAACAGAGCCCAGGAACAGAGCCCAGGAACAGAUCCCAGGAACAGAGCCCAGGAACAGAGCCCAGGUUCAGAGCCCAGGAACAGAGCCCAGAAACAGAUCCCAGGAACAGAGCCCAGGAACAGAGCAAAGGAACAGAGCCCAGAUAGAGAGACCCAGGAACAGAGCCCAGGUACAGAGCCCAGGAACAGGCUCAGGAACAGAGCCCGCCAGGAUCCCCAGGAACAGGCCCAGGAACAGAACAGAGCCCCGGAACAGAGCCCAGGAACAGAGCCCAUGUUCAGAGCCCAGGUUUAG